AUGCUUGCUCGUAUACCUAGAGAUAGUGUAAGGCCAGCAAUUAUUGGAGUCUCGUGCUUAGCUGGAUUAUACCUAACCUAUAAGGCUAUGUCUUUCAUCAAAAGCUUUUACCAAAAAAGCCUCGUCAAGCCAUUAGAUUUCAUACAAAGAUAUGGAGCCAAAUCCUGGGUCGUGAUAACAGAAGGGUCUACAGAUUUUGGAAAAAACUGGGCUGAAAAAUUUGCAUCAGCUGGUUUUAAUAUAAUUCUUAUAGACAAGAGUCCAAUUCCAGCAGAUUUUAAGGCCAAAAUUGAGAAAAAUUACAAAGUCAAGCUUGUUACGAUCGAUGAAAAUUUAGCUGAUGAGGAAUCAGUUAAGAAAGUUCUAGAGCUUUUUAAUAACCAGGCUUAUGAUAUUUCCAUUGUGAUUGUGAACUCAAAAGAAGUAGAGUUGGGAAGAUUUAAAAGCAUAAAAAAUGAUGAAGGAAUAAUCGAACCAGGAGCAUUUAAGGAAAUGGAGAGUGAGAAUAUCACGAAUGUUAUACAGACAAAUUUAAUUGUCCCUGCAUUAUUUAUUAGAGGGUUGGCUUUAAGAUUAUUUGGAAGGGACAAAAGAUCAGCAGUAAUUUUGUGCACUGCAGAGUUUAGUGGAAAGUUUCCUUAUUCAGCAGCUUAUAAUGCUGUGAAAGGAUAUAGAAGUGCGCUAGGAUUAAGCUUGCAAGAAGAAUUAAAAGAAAAAAUUGAUGUUCUUGUAGUUAAUGCAUCAGGAUAUGACGAGGUAGCUACUGUAAAUCAAAGCUACAGACAUUUAGGAAGAAGGGUGGAGCCUCCAAUCUAA